GCUGUGUGUUUUGUUGAAUGUUUGUUUCUGAAAAUUUGACAUCCAGUGAAUUCUCAAUUUUCUGCCCAAUUUACCUCAAUUUUCCGGUUCCAGGAUGAACGAUGAUCAAGCACGAACCCUGUUCUGUGGGAAUCUCUCUGACAAAGUUACAGAAGAACUGCUAUACGAAUUAUUCCUUCAGGCAGGACCCAUUGACGAAGUCAGGAUUCCUAAAUCUCGCAGUUUUGGCUUUGUUACCUACCGCCAUGAGGCUACCAUUGAAUAUGCCCUGAAUCUCUAUGCUGGGGUUCGAUUAUUUGGGCGGGAACUUAAGGUUUCCCUCAAAACUCAGACCCAGGACAGAGAUCAACCUGCAAAUAGUCUGAGUCAGGGCCCUAGACCCUUGGGAAAUCCCAUUGGGGCUCAUAUGAUGCCCCAAAUGCCACCACCUCCCCAGAAUCCAGCCACAAUGUUUGGCUGUGUUCUGGACAUGCAGCAAUUGCUGAAUUUCGGGAAGCAGCUCAAUGCUAACUUCCAGGGAAAUUUGAAUGCCUCCUCGUCGAGGGGCGACUACUACGGGGACAAUCGCUCGAGAGACUUUGUCAGCCGCGAUAAGCAUUAUAGAAAUCGCAAUAGCAACAAACCCUACGGAGAUCAGCAGCGUCAGCGACAUCUGGACAAAGACAGAAAUCACAAUCCUCAGCAUCCCAGCAGAAGCAACUAUCACGGCCGUCGACGUCGAUAGAUGCCAUUCUGCUCUAUUUUUUUCAGAAACGUACAAAUUUUCAUGUGUAAUUUUCUCCCAGAGAGCCAGAGAGAGAUAUCAUUCAAUAAAUAGCACUAUUUUUCGCUCCCUUUUUCCCCU